GCGCAGUAGAGAGUAGUGUGCGACAGCGUGUGGGUGGAAAUAUUCCGUGACUUACGAAAAGUCCUCCCUAAAUACAGCAUUGAACGAGAGGAAAGCCCACUCCUGGAGGAAAACACCCCCACAAAAAACAAACAAAAAUAUACGCCAAACGAAGCAAAGGCCGAGCUGUUUUUCUUUCUUUUUUGUUUCUUUAUUCACUGCUGCAUUAUUGCGCGGGCGCGCGGCGCGGGGUUACAAGAAUAUAUAUGUAUGCGAGUGUUUGUGUGUGUGUUUAUAUGAUUUUCACGGAUUGUGGAGUGCGUGCGUGUGUGUUAGUUUGGCGAGACUUGACGGUGAGUCUGCUGUCACGCGUUGUCAGUGGCGGGCUCUAGGCUGCAGAGACGAGUGUCGCGGAGACGAUAGAGCCAGAGAGAUUACGAGAGAGAAUAUCAUUUCUCUCCGAAUGUAAUAUUGAUAAAGGGAAAAGAAAGACUUGAAAUAAAUUUUUGUGUUUCGGUGCUUAAUCGUUCAUCUCGUCGCUUCGACAACCAACUCUAUAUAUACACACACGCAUUAAUACACACGUAUAUAUUUUAUUCUCUACACAUAUAUAUACGAGAGGAGAUUCGAAGGAAAAGAAAAAGGAAAACAAUACGAGAAUCGUUUAUACAUAGAUCGAAGUGAAUAUUGCUCGCUGGUACAGAGUACGUGACUGUAAAAUACGCCUAUGACUAUAUGUAUAGCGCAUAUAGAAACGUGUAUAAUAGGUAUAAUCGAAACGACCGAUAGCCACGAGCUGUUUGGCCACAAUAUAACGUCUCAAAGAGCACAUCCACAGCCCAACGGGCAAUAUUAAAUCGGGAGGAAUACUUAUACAUCAAGUACAGUCGAGUUAAACAUCGAAAACGAAACUUCGAAACAUAUAGAAAAAAGAACCCAGGAAACUGUCACCUCCUGGUUAUUUCUCACAAUCUUUCUCUUUCUCUCCCUCCUCUCCCCCCCCCCUUUGUCCCCCUGCUCGCUUUGACCCCCUCCUCCUUAUCCCAUUCGUAACAUCUCGGGGCAAAAAUAAAACGUUGUCACUGUUGUCUGUAGCGCCGGAACGUUGCGUACGAACACUUUUCAUUUCAUUUUUUUGUCCCUCUUUUUUUUUUUUUUAAGUUCUUAUUCUUCCUUCGCUUCCUUCAAAUCGCGUAAUUUUCUCGCUCGAGAUCGCUCCUCGAAAAUUUCAACGGUGUGAUUCAGUGCUUCUUUUUCUUAUUUCGCUCGACUCUGUUAUCCAUGAUUGAAAGUCGCUGUGUUUUCAUAGAUAAGUAAAUAAAAAAGACUCGCAAUCUCAUAAAUCAUCGAAACAUCAAGUGCUGUGGCGAAUAAUUAUUGAAAAUUAGAAAAUACUUUGUGAAAAUGCCGCUUUUCGGCAAAAAGGAUUCCAACAAGAAGCUCAAGAAGAAUGGCAAGGAUGAGAAACCCUCGAUCGACGAGAAAUACACGCUCAAAGAAUUACUCGGGACAGGUGCGUUCUCCGAAGUAAGACUCGCCGAGAGCAAGGACAGGCCGGGACAAAUGUUUGCGGUCAAGAUAAUCGACAAAAAAGCGUUGAAGGGGAAGGAGGACUCGUUGGAGAACGAAAUAAAAGUGCUGCGAAGGUUCAGUGAAACAGUGACACCACAGAGUGGUGACGGGCCGAUCAAGUCGGAUAAUAGUGACGAAAGAGGAUGGUUAACGCAUCCGAACAUCGUUCAACUGUUGGAAACUUUCGAGGACAAGCACAAGGUCUACCUCGUUAUGGAACUUGUCACCGGUGGCGAGCUGUUCGAUCGUAUCGUCGAGAAAGGCUCGUACACGGAAAAGGACGCAUCGGGAUUGAUAAGGCAAGUGCUCGAGGCGGUCGAUUACAUGCACGAGCAGGGGGUCGUGCACCGGGACCUCAAGCCCGAGAACCUCCUUUACUACAGUCCCGCGGAAGAUAGUAAAAUAAUGAUAAGCGAUUUCGGCCUAUCGAAAAUGGAAGAUUCGGGGAUAAUGGCGACGGCGUGUGGCACGCCGGGUUACGUCGCCCCCGAAGUGCUGGCGCAGAAGCCUUACGGCAAAGCCGUCGAUGUAUGGAGCAUAGGCGUUAUAUCGUACAUACUUUUGUGCGGCUAUCCACCCUUCUACGACGACAACGACGCCAAUCUCUUUGCACAAAUCCUAAAAGGUGAAUUUGAAUUCGAUUCGCCGUACUGGGACGACAUAAGUGACUCCGCAAAGGACUUCAUUCACAAGCUCAUGUGUGUCAAUGUCGAGGAGCGAUACACCUGCAAACAGGCACUGGCGCAUCCAUGGAUUUCCGGCAACGCGGCGAGCAAUAAAAAUAUCCAUGGCUCCGUAGGAAAGUCUCCCUGUUGUCUCAUGGUUGCAGCAAGCAUAUCACGCGGCUACGGUCAUCCAUCAGAUGCGACGAAUGGUCCUAAACAACGAUCAUCAGCAGCAACAGAAGCAGCAGCAACAGCAGCAGCAACAACAGCAGCAGCAGCAGCAACAACAACAACCGCAGCAGGGCCUAGGAUCGACAGGCCCCUCCACAGGCAGCCAAACGUCACGAACCGAACAGUCCUAAUCACAUCUCCACCGCCAUCACAGAGCAACAACCGGGACAACAACGUGCUACAAAUAAAGGAUAUUAAAGAGUCACCGAGGUCGACGCCGAACCUGUUAGCAGCAGCAGCAGCAUCACCUAAUUUAUCCACGUUACCCACUAAUACACAAUUAUAUUUGCGCAACAAACGCUUCAAGCUGUGGGGUAACACACGCACCGCACUCUCUACCCUCUUUCGUACGAACGUAUCGCAUCUGAGAAGGCAGAGAAAGCAUAAAAAAAGCUGAAUCUCAUAUUGCUAAAUGAUAUACACAUUAUAUAUUAUAAAUAUAUAUGAAUAUAUAUAUCAAGUACAUAAAUACAUAUAUGUAUCUAUAUAUAUUUAUAUAUAUCCAGCGUAUAUGGAUAUACGUAUGCAUAUUUAUUUAUGUAUAUACAUAUGCGUAUAUGAAAGAAAAGAAUGAUACCGUUGACGAGGAAACGCUGUGUUAUUACGGGAGGAUACGAUAGGCGAAGGUUCGUCGUGAAUUCUAACGACUUCCUCCAUUAGCCCGUCGUUAAGGCUCUGGCUAACUCUCGUCGGGCGGAAUAAUUACAAAACAACAAAACACAAAAAAAAACGUAUGAAUAUUCGAGAUAAUGUGAAUUAUCGUUGUCGCUCUUGCGCCGCUGAAAGUAAAACUGGCAACACGAAAGAAAAAUUAAGCAAAAAAAUCAUGAAUUCUACUGCUUCGCGGCCAAAGACGCAUCAGUUCUCGAUCACUCCGGGCGAAUGGAAGACCUCCCGGGGUUCUUUAACUCUAUAACUAAAGUAGUUUUCAAUCUUGCUGUGUUGACUAUUGAAAGAGAGAGAGAGAGAGAGAGAGAGCGAAAAAGAGUUGGAACGCUGAAAGGAAGAGUUGUGUUGAGCGCGCAUCGUCAUUACAAUACACAAUUACACACGUACACGUUGAGACACACACAUACACACACACACACACACACACACACACAGAAAAAGCAUUGCUCUUGAGUGUGAAUCAUCCUUCUUUCUACACUCGACUAUGUAAUAUAUUAUUUAUGUAUCUCUUAUGUACUUAUAUAAUAUAUUAUAUAGAGAUAUAUACGCGACGAUUAAACGUCGUAAACUCGCUCCACUCGAAAGGCGAACGCGAUACAACGACAUAUCUUAAUAAUUCACUCGACGACAAAACAAAAGUUAAAAAAUAAAAACGUGUACAUGCAUAUAUCUAUACAAGCAUAUUAUAGAAAAAAGGUGAUGAAAUAAUACGAAUAUACGACCUCGCACGAGAUCCAUUUGCUCGGGAAGUCGAGCGCGACAGAAAUGCUUGAAACGCGGAGAUUAUCGAUCACGUUGUUUUACAUCGGAUGAUUCAAGGAAAAGCGAGCGUUUCAUUCGUCAUGCAAAAUUUAGUGUAGCCGUUGACAGAGAGAUCUGCAUGACGAAACUCGAGAGGAGAACAACUCAAUUCGUUUGCGUUAACAAAACUUACUCGUACGAAUCCAAUUUUUUUUUCACGGAGAAAUUUAUAUUUCGCGAGAUUGGUUUACACUGUUUAUCAGUUACGUUAGCUCACACAAUGCGCACUGUGCUAAGUCGCCUCAAAGAAUUCAACAACCAACAUGAGCUUUCGAUGAAGAAUAACAAGGGCAAAAGUUGGCUAUUACAAGAGAAAAAGAAACUUGCACAUGUUAUAUAUAUACAUAAAUAUUAUUAUUAAAAAUCGAAGACGCGAUUUUUAUUCUCCUUUUUUCGUAGCAGCUAUCGCGCUACUGUUGCUCGACUUUUUUUCUCUCUUGGAUACCUGGAACUGGACUAAAGUCAUUAUUAUAUAAUUAUACAUACAUAUUCUAAAUAUAUACACACAUUCAUUCUGCUAAUAUUUUUAUUAAAAAAAACAUAUGUACAAUGCACUAUAGUUCGUUAAUGACGUGAUAUGUCGUUAAAAAUGAGAGAAGAUGAUUAAAAGAGAAAUUAGUGAGAGACAAAUACGUGCGCGGCCAGAAGAUUUCCUAUUGUACAAUAUAAUAAGCUUCUUUGGACUUCUGAUCAAUCGCGACUUUAAAACGUUCGAAUUGUCGUUUAUUUUGUGAAGAAAAUUCGAACUUUCCAAGUUGCUCGAGCCCUACGUGCUGCUGGUCGAGUGUGCACUGUACAUUUUUCAAAUAUUCAUAGCACACGCUUUUGUAAAUCAAACGAUAGUUGGUACGUGUGAUGUUCUCUCUAUGAAAUAGUUCUUCUCUUCGAAUUAUUUGAUCAUGAGUUUCUACUGGGUUUUUGAGGUUUUUGGAGAAUUUUUUUCUUCUUGCAAAGAACCCGAUCAAGAACGAGAUUGUCUCGAAUGCACACAGUUUUUCCUGUUCGUCUAGAAAGUUUUCGAAAGAUCGAAUGAAACUAGCCUCUGGGAUGUCGAACAGAGACUUUAGCUAAUUUUGUCUUAAAGUACUACAUACAAACGUACUCCUGAAUCUCGCAAUAACCUAUUUCAUCAUAAGUUGUUAUAAUCUGUUUGUUUUUUUGUUCCAACACGAAGUACAGUUUGUGAACGAUCAUUGUUUUUUAAAUGAAAAGUUUCGCUUGGUCCGUUUAAUAAAUGAAAAUAGUUGAAAAGUUUUAGAAAUUUCUUUUCGUGCUAUAUUUUGAAUCUCUUCUUUUAGAAACUGUUUCUUAAUGACUUUUUUUUCUUGUCUUUUCGAUAAUCCCUCGCUGCUCUCAGCUUAAAUGUUGUUUACACAAUACGUAGAGCUCGAGCUGCCAUAUCAGUAAUAAGCGUUUACGUUGAAACUCCUGACGAAUAGAAGUCGCGCCACCUGUUUUUGUAAUCCAUGCUAACGCCGGAGAAAGAGAUUAAACGAAGGAAAAUGAGGAGAAACGGAAUGAAAAUAUUUUCAUGCUUAGGCGUCCAAGUGAAACAUGCUUUUUGAACUUCCAAUAUCAGUGGAUGGGAGUAACUCGAACGUACGACACGAGGUUUUUCACGAGUCGACAAACAGAUUUUGUUUUCUCUCACCUUUCGUCAUUUCAAUUUCUCUCUCCUUCUCUUCAUAUAUAAAUAUUUCUAUAUUCGUGUGUGAUUUUGGAAAAGAUGUGGAAUCGACUGCAGAAGUGUGUACUGUGAAACUCGCGAUCAGGCUAAAAUGUAAUUUAAAAAAACGAAAAAAAUGCAUGUUCAAGGCAAAAUACAGAGAAGCUUUGACCCAAGACGAGAAUAAAGCUUCUACCAUAAUCUUCGCAUUCUCGUACUUCCCGUAUAACGUGUGUGCAAUGUAACAGAAAUAUAUGAUAAUCAAGAGAUGACAGUUGAUAAAAUAGUUUCUUGCGAAAAAUUCAAAACGAUUCAAGAAUUAUUAACGCGUUGAAUAUUUUUGAACGAUCAUCGUUACCAUAUUAUUUUUUUUAUCCGUUCGAAGGUGGUGCAACAUUGUUAAUUAGCGUCGUUAAAACUUUUCGUACGAACGAUAAAUUAGCGCCUUUCUCGUUGCUUCGAUACUAACCUGCAACAAAUAUUUCAAUUAAAAUUUCGUAAUUGGAUAAUCAAAAAUAUCCGGGUCGUUAUUGUUCUAUGGGAAAUUGCAUAGAAAAUAAUCCAAACUGGAUUCCUGGGACUGGUUCCUAUCCAAUCUGUUUUACGAAUAUUUUCCGUCUCUUCUCAUUCGCUCUCUUUCUCUCUCUCUCUCUCUAUCUCUUUAGACUCAACAUUUAUUUAUUCUGUCUCAAUUCUAAUCAACCGUUCUCAAAGCGUAGUCAAGAAAAAUUUUCUUUUAAUUUACUAUCGUAGUUUUAAUAUUUUUCUUUUCUUCUCAAAAUCGCACUAGACGUCCGUCCGAAAUAUUGGCAAUUGUCGACAGAUAUAUAUGCUCGAUGAAGAUAAAACGCGCGAAAGAUUUUUAUUCGAUGGGGUUUGAAAGAAUAAUGAAAUUACAUGACUCGUAUCGAAUAAUAUUUAAUUUAAUAAUUAUUCUUAAGAAUAUCUAUACCUUCGAUAAACUCUACUGAACGAGGCAAAGAAAAAGUAACAUACAAAUUUAUGAACAUAUAAAACAAAAUCAUGCUAACUUAACAAAACAACUUGUAACGAGACCUAGAACGAGACGACGCAUGCAUGAAGUUAUACAUACUGAAUAUAUUAUUAUAUACAAGCUUACGAGUACUUUAGUCUAAAUUGGUCAAGAAACUUGGUACCUAAAAGAAAACAAAAUGCGAUAACUAUUUACAUUGUAUCUCACGUUGAAAUUUUGACUGAGAAACGUCGAGUUGUAUCCUCGCGGAUAUGAUCGAGGCGAUUCAUUGCGGGGGAUGAACAUUUUUUACCGUGGAAAGAAAAAAUGAAAGAAGGCGUGUCGAGUACUACUUAUUACUACUGUACUUAAAGUAAAACGUUCGUAAAUGACAGUUAUCAGGAUAAAUAAAUCGAAGAGAAAGAAAGAAAAAAAAUAUCAUUUCUCCAUUUUCGUUAAAAAGACGAAAGUGUAUCUCGCUUCGAACGUACUUAAAAGUGAUGAAGCAGCAACGAUAAACGAACGAAUGAAUAAAUUUUAAAAAAUCAACUACGAGCUUCGAUAACUAUUCGCUUAUCAUUCACUUGAAGUAAACGUUUGUCGACGAUAUUUCACAUUCGUUAAUGCAAAACGAGCAUGUGGCAAUAAAAAUCAAAUCAUUUUUAAAUUGUUAGAGACAAAAAGAAACAACGUUGGAACAUCCAAUUAUGAAAAAUAGCUUUUGGGAGUAGCAAUCGGACAAAUCAUAUUUUUUGCUUAUACAAUUCUUUUAAUAACUGUAUUACUAUCCGAGGAAAUGCUGGGUACACGAACGAAAGACUUCUGGCGAUCCACGAUGCGAACCUGUAAAUGCAAUUUCUGAUACAUAUUGUUGAACUCAGACUGAUUGUUGUGUAGAGAUUGACUAUAUAUAUAUUUGCUUUUGCGAGGAAGCGAGAAAAGGAAAAAUGAACAUUGUAAAAUAUAUUAUCUUCUGCAUUAUGAUACCUCUUAACCUGCUCAAUCUGACGUACACGAGCACGAAACUUCUGUCUUUUUCUCUCUCUCUCUCUCUCUCUUUUUCUCUUUACCACACGUUCUUUCCACCAUAUAUUAUCUUUACAUGUAUAUAUAUAUACAUAUACAUAUUAAGAAAAAGCUUUCACUUUUCAUGCUUAUAUGGCAACCACAAAACCAGUUUAUCGUUAAUAGGAACAUUGACGAUGUCCCUGGACGUACUACUGUAAAUUAUGGAGCACUAAAAACGUAAAUAAGGGGGAAGUAAAAGAGCGUAAAAGAAAUAAUGAAACUGCGAGUUACACUGUAAGAUUAAACGCAACGUCGUUAAUCCGAGAGUUUGCGACGAAGGAUUGAAAAACAGACGUACACACUUGUUGAAUUGCCUUUGAACAACAUCGUCUCAUGCAUAGUCGUUCGUGCCAAUAUCUAUAAUCUUUGUAAAACAAACAAAUUAUCUAAAGGAGAAAACAAAACGCUGUAGGUAUUUUGGUGCUAGUAAAAAGCGUGUCCUCGUAUCCACAAAAUUUAAACGCAAAGUCUUCGUUUAUUUUUCACUCUCAUCGAGAGACUCUCUUAUAUUCGCGAAAACCUAUUUCUGUAUACUAAAACUCGGCGCGAGUCGUUUCAGCGCGCCCCUUUCUCAUUUCGCGUUUUAUCCACGAUAAUUGGCCGUGCCUAAAGACAUAAAUGAAAAUAGAAUGGGAGAAAAUUUAGAUAGAAUGAAAACGAAUCGAAUACGAAGCGAAUUAAAACGAAAUGGGGGUUUAAGAAUGUGAAAUAUAUAUUUUUUUUCAACGUGAAUUUUAUCUAUAGGAUUCAAAUGUUUGACAUAUUUAUCAUUUCACGGAUUGAGUUGAAAAAUAAAAACAUGCAUAAAUAAUCAA